UCUGAAACAUUACUGCUUUGUUCUUGUUGCCUUAUUUCCGUUCUGCUCAAACCUCAGUUUGAGCAGUUUCACGCUUUCAUACAACUUCCUGAUCUUCUUGUGAAGCUCCUUGAGACAGAUAUCAUGGAAAAGGGUCAGCCACCUGCUAUGGGUACGCCAGCACCGCCGUACCCCGGUCCUCCUAUGGGUUACCAACCUCAGCCCACUUUCCAGCCCACUGCCCAACCUGUGGGGACUUACCAGUACAGCCCACAGCAACCUCAGAUGGUACAGCCUGUGAGCCAGGUGGUUGUGGUGCAGCGACUGCCAACUGAUGUUCCUGGACAGAUGAUGUGUCCCCACUGUAGAAACACUGUCGUGACAAGAACUGAGUGUAAAAACGGGAUGCUCACCUGGUUGAUCUGCAGCGUCCUGGGAGUCUUCCUGUUCUGGCCUUUCUGUUUAAUCCCCUUCUUCGUGGACGCGUGCAAGGACGUGGAGCAUUCCUGCCCCACCUGCAACAACAUCCUCCACAUCUACAAACGUAUGUAAAGCAGCACAGCAGUGGAAAUGGCAUCUACUGAAAUGAAAAACG